AUGGACUACUAUUCUACUCUAAACCCUAGCUCAUCUGGGUCAUCUUCGGUACUCAAAAAUGGCAAAGAGAAAAAGAAGGGUGGCAAGAAAAGCAAUGGUGGGGUGAAGUUAUCAACUGACCCACAAAGUGUGGCAGCAAGGGAAAGGAGGCAUCGUAUAAGCGACAGGUUCAAGAUUUUGCAAAGCUUGGUUCCUGGUGGGACUAAGAUGGACACAGUGUCCAUGCUAGAGGAGGCCAUUAAUUAUGUUAAGUUUUUAAAGAGUCAAAUAUCUCUCCACCAAACUAUAAUGAACUUUGUGGAUGAUGAACGAUCUCUUGACCUUUAUCUUCCUGUAGAUUCUACUGCUCUUCCUACUGGGCAACCAUCGUGCUUGGAUGGCAACUUUGCACCGGCAGAAGUGCAUCCUUCAACUUCACUACCAUGCCCAGAUUCUUACUUCGGAGCUAAUGAAAAUUACAUGCAUUAUGAUGCAUUUGAGACUGAUAGUAAGAAUUUAGUACUUCCUCUUUAG